CGCAACGCUUAUGAAGUGUCUCCAUUGCAAUAAUGCUAUGAGCAAUUUUUGCCGAUUUUUGCUAAAUGCAUGAGUCAAAAAAGCAGAAAAUUGCUGAUCCAAUGCUCAGGAGCUUGUUGUAGUUAAUUUGGCCAGUGUGAAGCUGGACACAUCUGUAGCAUGUUAGUGUGACUGUGGUUGUACAGAACACCUCCAGUCGCCAAGACCAUUACACCAUGGCAAAGUGUGCGCAGACAGCUGCCCAGUUCAUCACUGAGGCAUUCCGGCCAAGAAUUGCUGUCAUGUCCUCUCCAGAGGUGGAGGCCAUCUGUAUGAAGAAUGACCUCACCUUGACGGAGCUGCUGCAGCCCUUCUGCAAGGUCAACCAGGAUGGUGAGUUUCAAUACCGCGACCCUCUGAACUCGCUCGUCACCGUCCGAGACCUGCACCUGGCACUGGACGACUGGUCUCUGAGCGCGCCACCUCCGGCGCACGUGGCGCGCCGUCAGCUGGCCGAGUGUGUGGCCCAGAGCCUACCCCCGCCGACGGGGGACGAUGGUGCUCCCGCUGAGCGGCCCGAGAGCGCGCCGUGGUUCGAGGCCUGGAGACAGCGGCUCCUUCAGGUGGAGCCGCCGGGCGAGCACGAGUUUGCGCGCCGGUACGUGGCCUGUGUGCUGGCGGUGAGCAGCGCGGCUGCCGCGCCGCUGCAGCAGCUGCAGCAGCUGGCGCAGCACCAGCACCAGCAGCAGCACGGCCAGCCGGCCGGCGGCGCGCGCUGGUUCUCCAACAACGUGCUCAUCUAUCACCUGCUGGUGACCGAUAGCGGCGCCACGCCCGUCGCCAGUGCGGAGGCGGUGUUUGAGCAGGUCAAGUCUGCGUACGGCGCUCACUGCUGCCACCACCUGCGGCUCAACUCGCGCCGGCCCGAGCACCGCGAGCCCCACCAGCCGGACCCGUGGGCGGGCUAUGUGCUCCGGCGGCCGACCAACCUGGACGGCACUCCGGCGCAGCUGUCCGGCACCGAGACGCCGGUCGAGGUGGCCGAGCUCAUCUCCCUACCCUCUCUGGUGGUCGAGGGCGAGCUCUCCUCUCCCUCCCACCUGACCACCCACCCGCUGUCACCGGAGGCGGCCUCUGGCGCCGGCUCGCCCCUCCCGGUCCGCGCAGUGGCCUCGGCGCCCGCCCUCUCCCCGCUCGGCCCGCCGGCGCCCGGAGCGGUGCCCGCGGCGGUGGCCGUCCCUGCGCCUGGCGGGGACGGCACGGUACGAGACCCGGCGGCGCCAGAGGUGCUGGUGAACCGGGUCAGCUACCCCAGCCAGCAGGCGGGCGGGGUGCAGGGCCACGGCAUGUGUCUGUCGGCCUCGGACCUGGACCGAAUCACCAUCUUCAUCUCGGAGAUGUGUAUCCGCGGCCUGAUGCCGCACGUGGAGCGGCAGAUGAGGGCGCUCAGUGACGUGGUGAACAACCGUAAGGGCGUGAGUCGGUCGCUGAUCAGCGCCACCAAACGGUGGUUCGGCGGAAACAAGCCCGGAGCCGCGGCGGCCAACAGCGUCAUCUACAGCCACGAGGCGCCCGAGAUCCAGGUGCGCCGGCUCGGUGAUCUGGCCUUCAUGUUCGGACACUACGACCUCGCCUACCAGGCGUACCACACUGCCAAGCGCGACUUUAACGCGGACGCGGCGUGGCUGCACUUUGCCGGCGCGGUGGAGAUGGCAGCACUGUCGGUGUUUCUGCACGGCGCGCACGGGAAGCCGUUCCCGCAGCACUACCUGGACCAGGCGGUCACCACCUAUCUGGACACGUGCAGGAUGCCCAACUACGCGCUGAGGGCCACCCUGUUCAGCACCGAGUGUCUCAAGGACCGGGCGCAGUUCACCGAGGCGGCGCUGCAGUUCAUCCGGCUCACCGCCGAGGACGCCGACCUCAAGUCUGCGCUGCUGCUGGAGCAGGCGGCGCACUGUUUCCUCAACUCCCAGCCACCGGCGCUGCGCAAAUAUGCGUUCCAUAUGAUUUUGUCCGGUCACCGGUUCUCCAAGGCGGGUCAGCGGCGGCACGCGCUGAGGGCCUACAAACAGGCAGCGCAGGUAUACGAGGGUCAUGGCUGGCGUUUGGCCGACGACCACAUCGCCUUCACCCUCGGCCGUCAGUCCGAGGCGCUGCAGGAGCACGAGGCGGCGCGCACCGCUCUGGGCUCGCUGCUGGCCGGCGCCGCCGCCGUGGAGACGAGACAGUCGCCCGCUCAACAGGCCGCCUUCGUCAGAGAGUACCUGCACGUGAUCAGGCAGUGCGACUCGUCGUCCGCGCCGGGCGCUCGGCCGCCGCAGCUGCCCGUACCACACCUGCUCUCGCAGCAGACCCGGGUACUCGUCAGUCCGGCGCAGCAGCCGCCCGCCGACGGCUGGACGCCCGCCUCCGGAGCCAGCUUCGCCGACGAGGAGGAGGAUAACGCAAAGUGGUUCCGUCUGGAGGAGCUCUGUUUGGAGCGGCUGGGUCAGAACAGCGUCCCCUUCAAACCCACCAUACAGUGUAUGUCCGACAAGACCAACAACAGACACCAGCCGCGCGUCCCCGCAUCAGAGCCGGUCCACGUUCAGCUGGUGCUGCGUAACCCGCUGCGGGUCCCCCUGGAGCUGUCCGACCUCCGCCUGCAGCACACCUUCAGUCGGACGGAGGGAGGGGACCGGGGACCGGACGGGACCACGCCGUCCGUCACGGCGCACACUCUCAGCAGGUGUACACUCGAGGAGAACGCCACGCAGGAGGUGACGCUGUCGAUCACCGCCCACGAGCCGGGCGACCUGACCAUCCUCGGGUACGAGUUCUCUCUGUCGCUGGCGGCGGCGCCGGCCGACUCGGAGCCCCCUCCGGCGGGACCGGGCGCGGCCAAGGAGACCCCGCCGGCCGUGCGGGGGUGUCAGCCGAUCACAGUCAGGGGACGGAGGCUCAAUGGGACCAAGGAGGAGCGCAGUGGGGUGUUCUACGCUGAGGAUAAACGACUGCAGCUGCGAGUGGAGGAGGCGAGUGCGCAGCUGCAGCUGAGUUUCUGCGGUCUGCCGUCGUCACUGCUCUGCGGUCAGAUCCACCCGGUGCUGGUUCGUCUGACCAACUCGGGCCGCCGGCCGCUGCUCCGGCUGAUGGUCGCCACCCCGGACCCCCACCUGCUGGCGCUGGAGCUCAGUCCGCCACCGGACGGCGAGCGGUGGUCCCAGGUGCGGGGCGGCCCGCCGCCCGCCGCCGGCCGCCUCUGCUGGGCGCAGGCGGCGCGGCUGGGACGGGUCACGGAGGUCCCGCUGCCGGAGGGCGGUCUGGUUCCGGGCGGCUGUCUGCUGCGUCGGCUGUGGCUCCGCGCACCGCACGCUGACGGCCCCCGCCCGCUGGAGCUGCUGGUGUGCGGCGCGGCGCCCGGGCCCGGCCGGCCCCGGCUACUGCGGCACGCCGGCAGACUGCUGGUCACACCCAGCGCCGCCGUCUCCGUACGGCCGUCCCGCAGCGUCGGGCCCCGUCAGAGCCUCCACCUGGACAUCCAGGUCAGCGGCGUCCAGCCGUCGGCGGCGCCGAUCGUCCUGGAGCGAGUAGCGGUGGCGGCGCCCGGCUGGAGGCUCGACAGAACAGCCCCCGUGGACGCAGCUGAGGUCCAGCGCGGGGAGACGGCCUACCUGGGGGUCGUGGUAGACCGAGUACCGGUGAGGACGGCCGCCGGAGACGGCUCGACAAAUCCGACGGCAGCGAACGACGAGCUGUUGAACAUAGGCUCGAUAGCGUUAACUUCAGACUCUCCCUCGAUGGAUCACAAGUCUCACCAGCAGGGUGGAGAUCACCCUCAGCCCGGUGACUCGGACUCGGGCCUGUCAGAGUGGCCGUGUGUGCAGUUUCUGCUGCGGCACAAGCUGCAGCUGCCGCCGCUGCUGCCGCCGCAGAGCUCGGGACCGACGGGCGCCGCGCCGGAGCCGCCCAGUGCCGAGGGCGCCGCGCUGGCGGCCGCCGUGCGGGUGGAUGCUACGGUGCUGCUACAGUGGCGGACUCAGGGAGUGGACGCCGCCGGCCGGGAAACCACCGUCUACGGUCAGCACCACGUGACCGCCGAGCUGCUGGACGACAGCAGUGCCACCUAUCCGUCGGCGGCCGAACUGGAGCCUCUGCCGCCGGUCACCAUCAUCCCGAGCCGGCCGCCGAGUCCGCCGCCGCCGCACUGGCCCGGAGAGGGGGUGAUGGACCGGCUGGUGACGGUGGUGCCGCUCCACAGGCCGGCCGUCAACCACAACUUCGACAGAAAACGGUUAUGUGUGAUACCCGUGACGAUGCUGGUGCAAAACCACAGCCGCUGCGACCUGGUGGUACAUCUCUCGACCGUACCUGUGGGCAGCUCGUCGUCUCGCCGCUCGCUGCCGUACUCGUCCCACAUCUCCUCAGACCUGGUCUGGGUGGGUCGCACCCACCCGCACGUGACUGUCGCGGCCGGCGGCUCUGCGCGGCUGCCGCUGGCCGCCGCCGUCACCCGGCCCGGCCUCUACGACCUCGGGUCAGUGGGCGUGGCGUGUCGCCGCGCAGGCGCAGAGGCGACCGAUUUGACCGAGCAGAGCGCACACACUGAGUCGGCUGUGGUGGUGCGCCGGCUGGUGGAGACAGCCAGGGCGGAAUGAUAGGCGGGGAGCGUAGGAGCAGGAGGUGAUCCGAGGGAUGUGAUUGUUAGGAUGGAGUCGUUAGCAACACUGAGGAAUGUUUAAUUCCAUCAGCGGUGAGAAUUUUGUUGCAACUCGGCUUUUGGCCGAUUGUUUGAUGGUGCCAGAACGGCUAUCAACGAACUUAAUGAAGGAAGUCACUGUUACGCGAUGUAGACUAUUACGUCAUUAUAUGCUGUGACGUCACGCGGGGAUUUAUCGAGCGGUCUCGCGGCACGGGUUAUCAACAGUGACGUCACAUCCGCUAGUGACGUCAUCACAGUGAGCGGUGACGUCCGGCAUAUGAGGCUCUGUGAUGUGCGCUCAGCCAUCUCUCGUGAGUGUAGCGCGCUGAUUAUUUGAUGAGGCCACUAUUUCGGGUCGGGCUGCGGAUGGUGGUCAGGUGAGCUGUAUCUCGCCGGUCGGCAGUGUAUUGAUUCCAGUGUCAGGUAGGGGCUGAGUACGCCAGAAGGGCUCCGGGGGACGGGCCGCGGUGUCGCAGCUGCCUGACCCCGUUGGUGUGAUACCGGUGGUAGUGAUUGGUCGGCGCUCCAUAGUGAUUGAGCAGAUGAUAGAAGCACCGUCAGUGAAUUUAGGCGCCGGGGACACUGCCGGAGGCAAUGGGUCGGUGAAGGGGGUGGGUCUCACUUCGCCUGCAAUGGCGGCAGUCUAGUGAGACGACGAGCGACCAGAGUCACUUCCCACGAACAACAAACGCCUUAGGGUUCUCCCACUGUGUGUGUGCCACCGCCGCUGACCCCUGUUACCGAGCCGAGUAUAGAGACUGGCCCCUGGGGCCCGGCCGGCGCGGGGCACGGCCCACUGUUAUAGCGCGUGCUGUGUGCCCUAGUACCGCCCGCCAGGCGCACCAUAUCUUCCUGAAGUUGUUCUUGUGGCCACUCAGGCGUCCAGAAGCGUCGUCCAAACGUGUACAGACGACGAGCUUUGGAGCGGUGAUGACAUGUUUAAUGUGACAAUAUACAUCAUAGGGAAUCGG